AUGUUCGGCCGCGCAGUUCAGAGACGGCUCUCGCUGCCCCUCAGAUUCAAACCAACCCCAGUGCGCCGCUGGUAUGCAUCCGUACCAGCAGCCCAGGACCUAACUGUCCACGGCGAGCGACUGUGGUUCUGCAUCAACUACGUCGCCAAAUACAGCGCCCCGUCCCCCGGCGGGGUAACGCGUCUCUGCGCCGACGAGCACGACAAGCUCGCCCGCGACUGGUUCCGGAAACAAGUCCUCCAGCUCGGGGCCGAGUACAGCGUCAACGCAACAGGGACGCAAUUCGCCAAGUUCGCCGGCGAAGAUGAUACGAUACCGCCCAUUGCCAUGGGCAGCCAUCUCGACACCGUUGCUACGGGGGGCAGGUUUGAUGGUGCGCUGGGGGUUCUUUCCGGCAUUGAAGUGAUUCGCAGUUUCAGGGAGCAGGGGAUCAAGACGCGCGCGCCGCUGGUGCUGAUAAACUGGACGAAUGAAGAGGGCGCGCGGUUCUUCCCUCCUCUUGGAUCAUCGAGUGUGUAUGCAGGACAGUCGAGUGUUGACGCAGCCCACGCGUCGCUGUCGAAUGAUAACGUGGGCAUCACGAUGGGCAGCGAGCUCGCCAGAAUCGGAUACGUCGGCAACGGCCCGAAUACAUUUGAAGAGUUCCCGCUCUCCGCGCAUUUCGAAGUACACGUUGAACAGGCGCGGGAUCUAGAGAAAGCCGGGAAACCUGUUGGUUGGGUUGAAGGGUGGAACGGGAUAAGUUAUCAUGAAGUCGUAUUCACAGGCGAGGACGGGCACGCGAAUACGUAUCCCAUGCACGGGCGACGCGACGCCUUGACUGGUGCCGCGAAGCUGAUUAUCCAGCUCGAGACGUUGGCGUAUGCCCGGAAUGGAUACACCACUGUAGUCAGUAUUGAAAGCGGUCCUCGGGGAACGGCCAAUAUCCAGUCGAAGACGAAGCUGGUUUUCUGCCUCAUGCACAAGGAGGCAGAGGGGCUGGAGAACAUGGGCGCUGAUAUCGCGCGGUCAAUUCAAGGCGUUGCUGCGAUGCAUGGGCUGGACUAUACCCUGAACCGACUAAUUCACCUUCCACCGGGUGAUUUCUGGCCGGAGGCUAUUGACAGUGUACGCCAGGCCUGUGGUGACAAGGGCAUUGGCUCUCGUACUGGCACUGGACAUGACUCGACCAUGACCAGCCUGAAGUGCCCAACGGGCAUGAUCUUUGUGCGAAGCAAGGAUGGGAUCAGCCACAGUGCGAAGGAAUGGAGCAACGAGCAGGAUUGCGCAGAGGGGGCGCUGGCAUUGGGCAGGGCAGCUAUCAUCCAGGGACCUCAAUAUCGGUUUACCCUGCUUAGCGAACGCCUCAUCCGGUUCGAAUGGGCAGAAGACGGCCAGUUCGAGGACCGAGCAUCGACAUUCGCCAUAAACCGCGAAUUCCCAAAACCCAAUUUCCGAGUCGUCGAUGGCGACGAACUACAGGUUAUAACAGACCAUUUCCUUGUAAGCUACACCAAAGAGAAGUUCAGCCCCCAGAGCCUCGUCUUCCACUUCAACGGCAAGAGCAUCAAGUACGGCUCGCCAUGGCGGUUUGGGACACCGGCGGAGUUCAAUCUCGGAGGGACGGCGAGAACCCUGGACGGUGUCGAUGGACGGUGUGAUAUGGGAGAGGGUGUUCUCUCGAAAGCAGGAUAUGCGGUCAUCGACGACUCAAAGAGCAUGCUGUUCGACGACUCGGGCUUCGUAGCUCCGAGACGCUCUGGGGAUCGAUUCGACUGUUACCUCUUCUGCUAUGGACGAGACUACAAGGACGCCGUUAAAGCGUUGUAUGCAGUUUCAGGGAAGCAGCCUGCCAUUCCACGCCAUGUCCUGGGAAACUGGUGGAGUCGGUACUACGCCUACCACCAGGACGAGUACGUGGCGUUGAUGGACAAGUUCCGCGCCCACGAUAUUCCAUUGUCUGUUGCUGUGCUUGACAUGGACUGGCAUUAUGUCUCUGACGAGCGUGUUCCCCAUGCCGGGUGGACGGGGUAUACCUGGAAUAAGGAUCUCUUCCCUGACCCAGUCAAGUUCAGAAAAGAGCUGCACGAGAGGUAUCUGCAGAUAACACUCAACGACCAUCCCCACGGCGGAAUCCACGCCAAUGAAGACGCAUAUGAGGAGAUGGCAAAAUUCUUAAACCACGAUACCACCGACAAGAACCCGAUCCUCUUUGACCCAGCAAGUCCCGAAUUCAUGAAAGCCUAUUUCAGUAUUCUACACCGCAAACUCGAGAAGCAAGCCUGCGACUUCUGGUGGGUCGACUGGCAGCAGGGCCCAUACUCCAAAAUCCCAAACUUCGACCCUCUCUGGCUUCUCAACCACUUCCAGUACCUCGACAGCGCACGAGAGGGACGCAUCCCGUUGAUAUUCUCCCGGUACGGCGGCCCAGGGAGUCAUCGAUACCCCAUCGGCUUCUCCGGGGACACAGUCGUAACCUGGUCCUCUCUCGCAUUCCAACCCGAAUUCACAGCCACAGCGUCUAAUAUCGGAUACGGAUGGUGGAGCCACGACAUCGGGGGACAUAUCCGGGGUAUUCGCGACGACGAGCUACUGGCACGGUGGACUCAACUCGGUGUAUUUUCACCAGUCAUGCGCCUGCACUCAACAUCCUCGAGGUGGAUGUCUAAAGAACCCUGGCUAUAUGGCGACGAGUGCAUGCGCUCAAUGUCCCUCUUCCUACGCUUCAGACACCGCUUAGUACCCUAUCUAUACACGCAGAGCAUCCUCGGCUCUAGCGCCGACGAACCCCUGAUCCAGCCCAUGUACUGGUCGUACCCGCAUAGAAACGAAGCAUACGAAGUCCCGAGCCAGUAUUUCCUCGGCCGGGACCUUCUUGUUGCGCCGAUAGUCCAGCCGCGCGAUAGACGCACUGGUCUUGCUUCUGUUAGGGCUUGGUUGCCCCCGAAAGGACGCUUCGUUGAUUUAUUCUCCGGGGCGGUUUAUGAUGGUGGCAGGGGCGCUACCUUUUAUCGGUCUAUUGAGCAGUACCCUGUUCUUGUCCCCGAGGGGUCGAUAAUUACAUUGGACGGGGAUGCGGUUCCUCGGAAUGGAUGUCUGAAUCCUGAUGUGCUUGAGAUCAUAGUUGUGGUCGGGCAGGAUGGAGAAACAACCUUGAUUGAAACGGUAGAAGAUAAUACCUUCAACGGGGCAUCUAAUCCACACCGCGACCUGAAACAGCGAGAGAUAUCCAUCAAGUUCCAGCAGCAAAAGGGCGAACUGGUUAUCUCAGGAAUGCAACGGCGAUGCAUCGUCCGAUUCCUAGGGCUAGACUCGAUCCCAGCGGACUUGAACCUCGCGAUACCCAGCGACGAGAACGCUGAUAUAUCUGUCUCGAAAUUAGGACAUUCCGCUCCGUGCCUUUCCGUGGAUAUCCCGCCAUUGAAACCAGACGUGGAUAUUGUGAUUAACCUCGUGCAGAACCCGCAGCUUGCGGUGCAGGACCAUACACCCGCUCUUGAGGAGUUGAUUCGCGGGUAUCAGAUUGAGUUUGGGCUCAAGGAUCGGUUGUGGAAUGCCAUCGAGCAAGGCAAGGGGCAGCCGUUGAAGAUUAUUUCGUCGUUGUUGGCGUUGGGGUGUGAUGAUGCUGUUGUUGGUCCGCUGGUUGAACUUGUUUCGGCGGAUGGGAGAUCUUAG